AUGGCUCAAAUCACACAUCUUGCAGGUCGUUUUGCGGUGCGUGACAUGCGUCAGACUGUGGCUGUCGGUGUGAUUAAGGGUGUGGAGAAGAAGGUCUCCACCACUGACAAGUUAAAAAGUAAAGAAAUAAAUGUCGCUUACCACAACACUGUUGCUGUGCAGAGCCAUCUGACAGCCACACUCCUGACCUCCAUCCUGGCAGCGGUGCUCGGCUCCCUGCACCACACCGGCAACAUCAACGCUCCAGCCAGAAUCAUCGAAGAGUUUUUCAACCACACCUGGAGAGGCAGACACAACCAGUCGAUGCCGGAUCACAGCCUGACUCUCCUGUGGUCACUCUCUGUCAGCAUUAAGGACUUUGGAGCCUUGCUGGGCUCGCUGGGGGUAAAAUAUGUGGCUGAUUCUUACGGCAGGCGGAACUCCAUAUUAAUAGUCAACUGUCUGUCUGUGGUGGGAGCAUGUCUGAUGUCUGCCUCCAAAGCCAGCGAGUCAUUUGAGGUUCUGAUUCUGGGACGGUUGGUGUUCGGUCUUUUCUGCGGCCUGGUGAUGAGUCUUAAUCCCCUCUACAUCCAGGAAGUGUCCCCUACCAAUCUGAGAGGGGCCUUCGCUACACUCAACCAGGUGUCCUUUGCCUCUGGCAUCCUAGUGGGAAUGGUGGCUGGUCUGGAGACAGCACUGGGUACAGAGCAUUACUGGGCCAUGAUGCUGUCCCUGUCCCUCAUCCCGGCCUUGGCACAGUACAUGGUCCUGCCUUUCUGCCCCGAGAGCCCUCGAUACCUGCUCAUCAACCAGGGAGAGGAGAACAAGGCCGAGGCUGCCCUGCUGAGGCUGAGAGGCAGCGCAGACAAGGUGCUUGCUGAGCUAGAAGAAAUGAAGGAAGAGGCCGCCCAUACUCAGAGCAGAGUCACCAUCUCUGAGUUUGUCAAAAAGCGCAGCUACAAGCAGCCAAUCAUCAUCAUCUUCGUCGUCAACUUGGGCAGCCAGCUGUCCGGAUCCAACGCGAUCAUUAAUUAUUCCACCAGAAUGUUCCAGGCCAAGUUUGAUGAG